AUGGCGUCCUACGAGUGGCAUGCCUGUGCUCGUAAAUAUGAACAGGAGAAGAGGGAGAUACCAAAAGAAUAUGUUUUGGAUCAUCCAUUGAAGUCAAAGAUGAUUGUUGUCACUGAAAGUAAAAUUAAGAAAACUGGAAAGCAGGGAAGUGUAUCGGAUACGAUAGCGAUGGAUCCUUUAUCAUCGGCUCUUGAGGGAUGUGAUCCAUUGUCUGAAAUGGCAGCUUCAGUACAUCAAGAUCCCUUGUCACAGGCUGCUGCUGAAUUAGCCAUGUCUAAAACACAAACUGAUUCUAAGCCUAAGAAAUCUGUUGGUGUUCUUGGUGAUGACUUUGAACCAUGGUCUGCCAAGAAAGCUGGUAUUCUUAGUCAAUAUACUACGUCAGAAAAGCUCUCUAUUACAACGAGUUUUCUGUCGGCUGCUGACAAGGAGAAAGUUGUAGUGAAAACACAAGUAGCACAGAGUACAAUGUCUGAUAAAGUGAAGCAUAGACUGGAACAGUUGGAUGACUUUGAAGAGGGUUCAGUAAAAGAAAUGUUAAACUUGAGUCAACAAGAAUAUGUACACAGAAUUGAUGAAUUAAACCAAGCAUUGGUGUUGGCAUGGGAACAAGAUCAAAGAGUCAAGACAUUGAAAAUUGCCAUACAGUGUGCCAAGUUGCUUGCUGACACUUCAGUGAUACUUUAUCCAAGUAAAUUUGUACUAAUUACAGACAUAUUGGAUACCUUUGGUCACUUGGUAUAUGAACGUAUUCAUCAGAAGUCAACGUACUUCCCACCAGGGAGUAGAACUGCCACAACACUGCCCAAACAUUUUACACCAGAUCAAGUACCUGACUCUGCCAAAGAGACAUGUAGGAAUUGGUUCUUCAAAAUAGCUUCUAUCAGAGAACUCAUACCAAGAUUAUAUGUAGAAGCUGCCAUUCUCAAAUGUUACAGUUAUCUGACAACUGGAGAGUACUCCCAAGCCUUAUUGAGACUUGCAAACCAAAUGCGUGGGAUUGGUGAUCCACUUGUUGCAAUCUAUGCCAGAACAUAUCUGUGUAGAGUUGGUAUGAGUGUAGCCCCAGAAUCUAAGGAACACUUGAUAAAUAAUUUCUAUGAUUUUUUGUCAACUUAUUCACAGUUACAAGGAGACAGUGUGCAGAAUUUAUUAGCUGUUCAAAGAUUAGAUAUGUCUACAUAUUUAUUGCUGUAUUCACCAGCAUUAGAUUGGUUAUUACAAUGUAUAGCCUACAAAGUGUCAGAUACUACACUGACAGAGAUUUUAUCCAAAUGUAAGAAACAGUGCAACAGUGCAUUGCUGUUAAAUUCUAUCAUGUCAGCAUUUAAACCUGAUUAUAUCGCAAGCAGAGCUAUGAAUUUUAUAGAAAUGAUAAAAGAUUGUGAAGAAUCAGGUUUUCCAAAGCAUAAUUUAUACAAAUCUAUGGGUGUUAAUCUGGUUAUGGCUGAUCCACCUCAAGAUCAAAGAUUAAAUGUCUUAAAUGAAGUUUGGAAAGUUGUUAUGAAACUUAAAAACCCUGCGGAUUAUAUAAGUUGUGCUGAAGUUUGGAUAGAAUAUCCCUGUACACAUUUCACUAAACGUGAAGUCAACACAAUACUGGGUGAUAUAAUAAAACAUAUGUCACCUGACAGAGCUUUUGAAGACUAUUACGGACAGCUACAGUCUAUUAUUGCUAAAGUUUUAUCUCGUUUCAAUAACUUUUCAGAAGUCUUCUCCAUGGACAAGUUUCUGCCAUUUAUUGAUAUGUUUCAAAAAGAAUCUAUCAAAGUUGAAGUGUGUAAAACAAUAAUGGAAUCAUUUUCUAAAUCACAGAUAGAAUCAACCAAUGAUCCAGUUAUUAUCAACGCAUUGAUGUUUAUCUGUAAAACUAUGCAUGAUUCUGUCAAUGCUCUUACGGUAGAAGAUGAGAAGCGAAUUAUUGGCAAUUUGAUAUGUGACUUUAUAAGAAAGGUGUCAUUUGGUAGAGAUUUUGAACAACAGUUAAGUUUUUAUGUGGAAUCCAGAGCAUCAUUCUCGUACCUAGAAACAGUACUUGUACAACUAGUACAUAGCGUCAACUGCCUUGCAACUGACACAAGAAAUAUAGUGCAUGGUAACCAUACUCGGAAAACAGCUGCAUUUGUUAGGGCAUGUUCAGCAUAUUGUUUUAUCACUAUUCCAUCUGUUAGCAGUAUCUUUUCUAAGCUUCAGUUGUAUUUACUGUCUGGUCAAGUUACAAUGAUGAACCAAGCAUUAUCACAAGGUGAUUCGUUUUUCAAGGCAGCCAUCAGUCUGAUAAAUGAUGUACCAAAAACUAUUUAUUUAGAUUACAAGAUGAGAUCAACUGAACCAUUAUUAUUGGAAUUUAUCAAUAAUUUCCUUUCCACAUUGUUAAUAGUUCCUGAUCACCCAGAUCACGGUGCGUUGUAUCUGAUUCGAGGUCUACUAAAUGUUGUACAAGAUUACCCCUGGGAAGAAAAUGGUGACACAAAAAUUAAGUUAUUUCUGAAUGUCCUCAAUCUUUUAUCAGCUGCGAGUCAAGAACACUAUAUUUAUCAUGUGGAUAAAGUGGAUUCAAAUGAUGCUCUGUAUGGAAGUGAUAGGAAGUUUUUAACAGAGAUUUCUAAUAUCAGUACUAUGGUGAUAGAAGGUGUAUUGGAUCAUUGUAAGAAUCUAAACACACCUGAUGGUUUGCGGAGACAGUCAUAUCUGUCAUUAGAUUUAUUCAAUCGUAUCAUUGGACAUGGAGAUUUGAAUAACUCAAAGAUGGCAAGUCUGGCACACAAUUUGUGGACGUUAUCUCAAAAGCAUGGUUAUGCUGAAACCAAAAAUAUGGUGAGAACAAUGGAUUAUGUAAAAAAGAAAGCUGCUGUUUCAGAUACUCAGUGUUAUGAUGAAUUGCUGCAGAAAAUGCCGCUGCAAACAAGAACUUGA